AUGAACAUGUUGCGUGUCACCAGAAGCAUUAUCAACAAAGCGAGGGUGAAACUUACAGAUGCUACAAUCAGAUUUCGCCGUGCCACAGAUUUUCCGGCCAAAACUGUGAGAUACACUAGACAGGUAAAUUAUUCGAUUCGUUUCAGAAAAACAAUCAUGUUUAUUUUCUAGUUUGACAAUAUUUCUGAUACCGUUUCACUUUUGGGAAGAGGCGACGACGAGGUUUCGGUGACUUCUGAAUUGGCAGUUGAUAAUGGAAAUUCAACAAUUGAUGUUUUGAAUGAUGACGAAGUUGUUUCUGUCAAAGAGGACGAUUUGAUUGAUUGGAAUGGUAAUGAAGUUGUCGACGCUAAUAAGGAAAUUGAUAUCGAUGUCAAUCAAAAUUAUCUCUAUUACGGAUUAGAUCUUACUAUCGGAAGCUGCUUUGAUUUGACUCAAUCAGACGACGAAAAAUACGACGACAAAGUUGAGCGUCAUUACAAGAAGAAGUUCAACAAAAAAUUCAACGAAAACAAUUUGGCUUAUCGUUCAUACAGCAUGCUCACUAUUUGUUCAAAUAUGGUAAUUUUCGUUGUUUUUUUUUCAAUUUGAAAAUCAUGUUUUUUUUUGCAGAUUUACCCUAUGUCUGAAACUGCUUCACUCUUGGGAAUUAGUGACGACGAGAUUUUUAUGGCUUCUGAUUUUUCGCCUGAUAAUACAGUUGCAUCAAUUGAUGUUUUGAAUGGUGAUGUGAUUUUUGAAGCGAACGGGGGAUUGUUGGAAAGAGAAUUUAAAGAUGUAAGUUUAUUGUGACACAAUUUUUCUCAAUAAUGAAUUUAUUUAUUCAGGAAUCAGAGGCAGCUUCUAUGGAAGAGAAAGAUUUGAUUGAUUGGUAUGGUGAUGUCAAUCAGAACUAUCUUUACUGCGGAUUGGGUUCCACCAUCAAAAGCUGUUUUGAUUUGACUCAAUCAAACGAUGAAAAAUACGACGACAAAGUUGAGCGUCAUUACACGAAGAAGUUCAACACAAAGUUGAGCCAAAACAAGUUGGCAUAUCGCUCAACUUCGCUGCAAAGUAUUCUAACUAUUCGUUCAAACAUGGUAAUUUUCUGUUGUGUUUUGGAGUAAACAAUGCCAAUUAUUUUAUGGGUUAUUCAACCAGGCGGAAUUUGUUUGUCAAUUGAUGAGAGUGUUUCCAGUGAUUCGAAUGAUAGUGGAAUCGAGCAACUAGAAAACAAAAACGUUGACAUCGGCAAAAUUGACAUUGAUGGACUCAGAUUCGACGAAUUCAAUUUGGUCGAUGAACUCUUUCAAUAA